UCCCACAAACGUGUCCGAUCCCCCAAACGUGUCCGUAAUUAUUAAACGUUGCCCAAACGUGUCCGAUUUCAUAACCCCCAAACGUGUCCGAUAAUUGUUAUUCGACCAAACGUGUCUACUGUUUUAAAAACGCCAAAACGUCUCGCAUCUUUUAGCGCUAAAGUGUCUUUAAUGACGUCAAUAACGUUGACGGCAAUUUCAAAAUGGGGGACACAAUUGAAGAUGUCGGGUUUCGUUUAGACUCUAAAAAAAGAUCAAAACCUUUAUCGAAAGACAUUAAUGCAGAAGUAUUUUGGACACAACUACCGGAAAUUAAAAUAGUGACUGAAUUGAAAGAAGAAAAUCCAAAAUGGGGACCUAGGAAAAUUUCUGAAAUGGUUAAAGGUGUAACAGAACGAAUGUUAAAAAAAUAUAUUCAAUUGUAUUUUUUUGACAAAGAAACCAAACAGGUUUAUAGAAGAAGUGAAAGUCUAAAUGUUGGGCAUAGAAGAUGCGUUACCAAAUCAGAGCUGAUACAGAUUAUCAAGAAAAAUCACGAAACAGAUCACAGAAAAAAUGAUACCAUAUAUGAGACGAUAAGACAUGCUGUUUUCCUUGUAGGAAGAGAGACUAUAAAAUUUUUAUUCAAAAAUGAAAUUACCUGCACUAGCUGUAAUGCAGCUGUUGAACUACCUCAAACCACAAGGACUAGAAGGCCAAUUCCUGCCACUUAUCCAAAUAGUAGAUGGCAGAUCGACUUGAAAAAAAUGCCUUGUUACAAAGGAUUUAAUUACGUAUGCAACAUUUUAGACUGCUAUUCUAGGUUUGCGUUUGGAUGUGCCACAAAAACCAAAACGGCAAAGGAAAUUGCUGACGUUGUACUUAAAUAUAUUUACUUGUAUGGUGCACCGCGUAUUUUACAAUCAGAUAAUGGCAAAGAAUUUACCAAUAAGGAUCUAGAAGGAGUAGUUGAGGAAUUUAAGUCAAAACAAAUACAUGGCAGGCCGUACCAUCCACAGAGUCAAGGGAGAGUUGAAAGAUUUAACCGGACAAUGACCACAUUUUUUCGUGUAAAAAUGAGCACAAUAAAAGAUUGGGUUGAAGAACUUCCACAUUUUUAUUAUACCUACAACAACAGAGUUAACUCAGUUACAAAGCCGCUAACUCCUUAUCAAAUGUACUUCAAAAGACCAAAUUUUGCAACACCGGUGGAAGAACAGAUACCAUACCAAAAUUUAACUGAAGAAGAAAGAUUGUUUUUAAGAAACGCCCAUCUUGAUGUUGACGGCGAAGAGGAAAAUGAGUGUGAAAGUAGUGCAGAAAAUAAUGAUCAAGAGAAAAUUGUGGAUACGGCAACUGACGGGUAUGAUGAACAGCUAUCAUUAGAAGAAACUUUACAACUACUAGAAGACAUCGCAUCGCCUACCAAGGAUAUAACUGAAGACCAAACCAAUGAAGUUAACACGCAGCAAGACUGCAUAAUGAAAGAUAAAACACCUGAAAAGAAUAUAGAAAUAAAUUUGACAAGUGAAAACGUGCAGAGCUGCCAAGUAUUAUUGAUAGAAGAAAAAGAAAACCAGGUGGUACAAAAUAACACAGCAUCUCCUUACUAUAGUGAAAUGUAUAGAAAAAGAUUUGGAAGACCCCCAUCUUUAAUAAGCUCAGAAAGUCCAAGCAAAAGAAUUCAUUUACAGGAAAUCAACGGAAACCAGUCCACAUUUUUCAACGCUGGUAUCACUCAGUACUUUGAUAGUGAACAAAUGUAUCCUGUAGAAUUGUUCAGUAAAAACUCUCUAGACGAUAUAACGAGCUACAUUUACUACAAUGAAGGUGAUAUCGUUGAUUAUAGAACUAAUCCUGCUAUGAACAAAGGGACUGCGGUUUUCAGUAGGGGUUUUUGGAGAAGAGGCUUAGUGAUCAAAAUAGACAAAUGUCCUAGACGAGGCACGCUUUACACUGUAAGAGAUGAUAUUACAGACUUCUGUUUUCAGAUAAAUAGACACCAAAUAAGAAUCGCACAAUAAAAAUGUAUUUUACUAGCAAUGGUUUUACAAAUUCUUUUUUAUUAUCUUUUUUAUUUACUUUUGAUUGCGUAUUGUUCAGUUGCAAGUAUUUCAUGCAUAUUUAGAGCAAACAAACAAGUUGUCAUGUUUUUACAUUUGCUGUUUAAAUCAACCCCAGACUGUAAAUUGCGUAUUGUGCAGUUGCAAGUAUUUCAUGCAUAUUCAGAGAGAAGAUACAAGUUUUAAUGUUUUUACAGUUGUACUGGAUAAAUUACCGUUAAACUGUUGAUUGCAUAUUGUCCAGUUGCCAGUAUUUCAUGCAUAUUCACAGAGAACAUACCAGUUUCAAUGUUUUAACAGUUGUACUGGAUAAAUUACUGUUAAACUGUUGGUUGCGU